GCGGGCUGCUGGCUGCUGACUGCUGCCGGCCCGUCGCUGCUCCUGGUGCCCAGCCCCGGUCCGCGCCGGCUCGGCCGCCCAGUCCUGCUGGGUCCGAGGGCAUGCGGCAGCAGCGGGGACCCCGCUUCCUGGGCUCAGCGGCGCGGGCGAGCGUGAGCGGUGAGUGGGGCUCGGGGCUCGGGGCUCGGGCUCCCAGAACCCGGACCUGCAGGGGCGCGAGGAGAGAGACCCCGGCGGCCACACGGGUCCCUGCCCAGUCCAGAGCGAGCCUUUUAGGGCUUGCUAGGCAUCCAGCUCGACCCUCUAACUUCCCGGGGAUGUUCAACCCUUCUCCACAAUGAAUGAGUGUCACUAUGAUAAGCACAUGGACUUUUUUUACAACAGAAGCAACACAGACACAGCUGACGAGUGGACAGGAACAAAGCUCGUGAUUGUCUUAUGUUUUGGGACGUUUUUCUGCCUGUUUAUUUUCUUUUCUAAUUCUCUGGUUAUUGCAGCAGUGAUCAAAAACAAAAAAUUUCAUUUUCCCUUCUACUACCUGCUGGCUAACCUAGCUGCUGCAGAUUUCUUUGCCGGGAUUGCCUACGUAUUUCUGAUGUUUAACACCGGUCCAGUUUCAAAAACAUUGACCGUCAACCGCUGGUUUCUUCGCCAGGGUCUGCUGGACACUAGCUUAACUGCCUCCCUGACCAACUUGCUGGUUAUCGCCGUGGAGAGGCACAUGUCAAUCAUGAGAAUGCGGGUUCACAGCAACUUGACCAAAAAGAGGGUGACACUUCUCAUUUUGUUCAUCUGGGCCAUUGCAAUCUUUAUGGGGGCCGUGCCCACCCUGGGCUGGAAUUGUCUCUGUGAUAUCUCUUCCUGCUCUUCCUUGGCCCCCAUUUAUAGCAGGAGUUACCUCAUUUUCUGGACUGUGUCCAAUCUUGUGGCCUUCUUUAUCAUGGUGGUGGUUUACCUGCGGAUCUAUAUGUAUGUCAAGAGGAAAACCAAUGUCUUGUCUCCACAUACAAGUGGUUCCAUGAGGCGCCGGAAAACGCCUAUGAAGCUGAUGAAGACAGUGAUGACUGUCUUAGGAGCCUUUGUCGUGUGCUGGACCCCUGGCCUGGUGGUGCUGCUGCUGGAUGGACUGAACUGCAAGCAGUGCGGCGUGCAGCACGUGAAACGGUGGUUCCUGCUGCUGGCGCUGUUCAAUUCUGUCAUGAACCCCAUCAUCUAUUCCUACAAGGAUGAGGACAUGUACAGCACGAUGAAGAAGAUGGUUUGCUGCUUCUCUCAGGAGAAGAACCCAGAGAGGCGCUCCUCCGGCAUCCCCUCCACAGUCCUUAGCAGGAGCGACACUGGCAGCCAGUAUAUGGAGGAUAGUAUCUCCCAAGGCGUGAGCUGUAACAAGAGCCCGAAUGGUUCCUGAACUGUGGCGUCCCUUCUAGCCUGCUCUGAAAGAAAGAAAGGAAGA